AUGUUUGUUCUCUUCGCUGGGUCGGUGCUAGCUGUAAAGAGGCUGAUGAAGGAGGCAGCUGAACUGAGGGACCCCACAGAGCACUACCACGCCCAGCCACUGGAGGUGAGUCACACCUGGGACACCCAAACUCACUUGGGCUCAUCAUCAGCACAACAAACAUCCCAGUUCUCCUCAUUAUCAACAUAGUGUUUUUGUCAUGGGUGUGUACUUCCCUAUGUUUCUUACAAGUCAACAAACAACCCCACACAAAACCCAUAGAGAAGGAUGUUCUCUAGCUAGCUGGGCCAAUCAUUGAAAUGUGUUCAUUUGACUGACUUGUUGUGUACCCGCAGGAUAAUCUGUUUGAGUGGCACUUCUCUGUCCGCGGGCCCCCUGACUCGGAUUUUGACGGUGGGGUUUACCACGGCAGGAUCGUGCUGCCCCCGGAGUACCCCAUGAAGCCCCCCAGCAUCAUUCUACUCACAGUAAGCAACCAAAACACACACACACUUAUGACGAUAUCCCCCUCUCUCGAUCAAUCACAGCCAAUUAUGUGUUAGUUGAAGUAACGACGAAAGGCAGCUAAUCAAAUGAUCAAGGCUGGAAGAUGGACAGCUAUAGACAUCUUGCCAUAACCAACAGCCACAUCUGGUUACAUCACACCGAGCCACUACUGUCAGAACAAAGACCUGGCUGUCUUUGCACUGUCAUUGCACUCACUAACUGUAAGUCGCUCUGGAUAAGAGUGUCUGCUAAAAAUGACUAAAAUGUCCCUGUCACAGAGGAUUUGAAUGGUUCUGUGGUAAAGAAGAGGGGAUGUGUUUUUCAUGCACCAAUAAUAACCUGAAGAACCAAUGACGGGCUCAUAAAAGCCAGUGGAUCAGAAAGGUUGUUAGUCUUUUUUUAUGUCCAGUCUUUGAAGGCACUCUUUCUUUCUCUUAAAAUCCCUCCCAUCAACCACCCCCAGCCUCCCUCCACCCUGCCCCUCUGUAUGUUUUACACUCUCCUUGUUGCUUGUUCAGCCUGGUUGUCAUAGACAGCGAUAUGGUAAUCAAGAUCUUAUCAUACAAAUCCUAUAAAUCACUACUCUAUAUUAUAUAUGUGUUCUAUAUGUAAUUCUAUGUUAAUGCUUCUUUUUCAGCCCAAUGGGAGAUUCGAGGUGGGGAAGAAGAUCUGUCUGAGCAUCUCCGGCCACCACCCAGAGACAUGGCAGCCAUCUUGGAGCAGUAGGUAUCCCUGUGUAGCAGGUGUCACUGCCUGCUUAACAGUAUAGCUUCCUUCCUCACUGGUACUCGAUUUCGGAUCCUCUGCCUCGCAAACACACGUGACUGCCCGCUUGAUAACAUCUUAGCCAACAACGCUACCGAAAUUCUAGCAGUUCGGUAGUGCGAGUAGAGAAAUUUCAAGCAUGAGAGUCAGGUUACCAAUCCAACUCCGUUACACCUGCAGCUAUAGGCCCGAUAGCUAGGCCCUGUCUCCUCUAGCCUGGAGACCCACACACACCCAGCUCCCCACACACACCCGGCUCCCCACACAUUCCUUGUUCCCCUACUCCUCCAGCUGCUGCACUAAAACUUAGCCUAGCAUCCCCACUCACUUGCUCUCUGCCUGGAAGGGACCAACAGGAAGAAAUUACAGAUGAAAGGAAAACUCCACCCAAAAACUAUAUUUUGGUAUUUGUUUCAUUAGUCCAUUGUUGACAUAGUCCCAAAAUGUUUAGCUUGUCAGCAAUCAAGUUUUCAAGAUAUGUAACUUUCAAAAUACAGAAAUCAUAUUUUUUUGCAAAAUGCAUCAUACAGGGAUGAUUUCUGUAUUUUGAAAGUUACAUAUUUUUGAAAGCAAAACAUUUUGGGACUAUGUCAACAAUGGAUUAAUGAAACAAAUACCAGAAGAUAGUUUUUGGGUGGAGUUUUCCUUUAAGACUUCAUUAGAAUUUAAAUUAAGGCAGAUAUGCAAAUGUUUUUUUGCUCAACGUUGUUCUAGAUCAUUGGGCUUUUUCCCAGCAAUUUAAGGAGUCGAAACUGGAAGCGGCUGAAAAGAAGACUUCCUAGCAGAACAAAGUAAAUAAGAGAAAGUGUCACUGGAAAUAUAGAUUUGGCUCGCACAUCUUAUUCGCUCACAAAGAUCUGUGUUGGCAGCAGGCAAUACGCUACUUCCUUCGUACCUAAAGUCUGAUAUUUCCAUUCUUUUCUGGCCUGAUUUCAGUUACCACUGUUAAGCCAUUCUUUUUCUGAGUGUUCUCAUGUUACUCUCCGUACCAAAAGUAUGAAAAUGUUAUCAGAUAGAAUUCAAUGGGAGAAUAUAGAUAUGCCACGCUGCAUUUAUUUCUAUUACUUUAGGGGUAUUUUGGAUGAGCCAAAAAAAGCUUAGUCCAUAGUAAGGGUUUGGGAAUUAAUAACAUAAUGUAAUCAUGUGGACAAACCGGUUGUGACAGACAAACUCCCCCUUUUGCCCUGCAGGGUCACAUGGCAAGCCAAUGAGGCCAUGGCCCAGAGAUUGGACAUCCCCUGCUGGGUUUUUGGUGUCUCAGCUCUCCAGUACAAGUUCACUCGGAUGCAUUAACAGCUCACUGUGGUGGAAAAGCUGGAUAAUAAGUUCCAGUGGAAUCUCAAUGCCCAAAUACACUGAACAAAAAUAUAAACGCAACAUGUAACAAUUUCAAAGAUUUUACUGAAUUACAGUUCAUAUAAGGAAAUCAGUCAAUUGAAAUCAAAUCAUUAGACCCUAAUCUAUGGAUUUCUCAUGACUGGGAAUACAGAUAUGCAUCUGUUGGUCACAGAUACCUUAAAAAAAAAAAAAGGUUAGGGAAGUGGAUCAGAAAACCAGUCAAUAUCUGGUGUGACCACCAUUUGCCUCACGCAGCACGACACAUCUCCUUCGCAUAGAGUUGAUCAGGCUAUUGAUUGUGGCCUGUGGAAUGUUGUCCCACUCCUCUUCAAUGGCUGUGCCAAGUUGCUGGAUAUUGGUCGGAACUGGAACACGCUGUCGUACACGUCGAUCCAGAGCAUCCCAAACAUGCUCAAUGGGUGACACGUCUGGUGAGUAUGCAGGCCAUGGAAUUGUGUACAGAUCCUUGCGACAUGGGGCCGUGCAUUAUCAUGCUGAAACAUGAAGUGAUGGCGGUGGAUGAAUGGCACGACAAUGGGCUUCAGGAUCUCGUCACGGUAUCUCUGUGCAUUCAAAUUGCCAUUGAUAAAAUGCAAUUGUGUUCGUUGUCCGUAGCUUAUGCCUGCCCAUACCAUAACCACACCGUCUCCAUGGGGCACUCUGUUCACAACGUUGACAUCAGCAAUCCGCUCACCCACACGAUGCCAUUCAUGCUGUCUGCCAUCUGCCCAGUACAGUUGAAACCGGGAUUCAUCUGUGAGGAACACACUUCUCCUGCAUGCCAGUGGCCAUAGAAGGUGAGCAUUUGCCCACUGAAGUCGGUUAUGACGCCGAAUUGCAGUCAGGUCAAGACCCUGGUGAGGACGACAAGCACGCAGAUGAGCUUUUUGUGCGUAUGGAACGUUUCUGGGAUAUAUUUUUUUAGCUCAUGAAAUGUAACAAACACUUUAGAUGUUGCGUUUAUAUUUUUGUUCAGUAUAGCACCCUAUUCACUUUAUAGUGCCUCUAGGCCUCUGAUCAAAAGUAGAGCACUAUUAAGGGAAUAGGGUUCUUUUUGGGAUGCAACCAAUGUCACCGGAGGGCCAGCCACAUUGAUUCCUAGCUUAUGCUUGUUUUGCAGUACAUGAGCCUACGCUUACUGGUUUAAUAAUUUGUGGAGAGAGAAUUCACACUGAUAUCACCUUGAGAGCAUUCUUCAACUAAAUCAUUAUCUGUUGAAGCAGGCUUUCACUGGGUAGCAAGCCUCCUUAACCUCUCUCUCUUCUCUUUCCCUUCAGCUGUUUUCUCACUAGCUGUCCAUUUUCUGCCUCCCGUUAGCCUGCUGCUGAUGUUUAGACUUGAUUUCAUUGCUGCUUAUUAUAUCCCCCCAAAAAUGGUGAAAGUGUUGUAGUCUAUGCCCUUUCUAGACUUUUUAAAAAGUUUGUUCAUUCAAAUCAUCCAUGGAUUUUGAGCUGUUCAUCAAAUCAACAUCCAGGUGCUCUGAGGUUGAAUAGAGAAACCCCCCUGAAGCAGCCAUAUCAUUGAAAUGUGGAGAAGCUCUCUCUGUCUCCUGAACAUAUUGUUAUACAGUGGGGAAAAAAAGUAUUUAGUCAGCCACCAAUUGUGCAAGUUCUCCCACUUAAAAAGAUGAGAGGCCUGUAAUUUUCAUCAUAGGUACACGUCAACUAUGACAGACAAAUUGAGAAAAAAAUAUCCAGAAAACCCCAUUGUAGGAUUUUUUAUGAAUUUAUUUGCAAAUUAUGGUGGAAAAUAAGUAUUUGGUCACCUACAAACAAGCAAGAUUUCUGGCUCUCACAGACCUGUAACUUCUUCUUUAAGAGGCUCCUCUGUCCUCCACUCGUUACCUGUAUUAAUGGCACCUGUUUGAACUUGUUAUCAGUAUAAAAGACACCUGUCCACAACCUCAAACAGUCACACUCCAAACUCCACUAUGGCCAAGACCAAAGAGCUGUCAAAGGACACCAGAAACAAAAUUGUAGACCUGCACCAGGCUGGGAAGACUGAAUAUGCAAUAGGUAAGCAGCUUGGUUUGAAGAAAUCAAUUGUGGGAGCAAUUAUUAGGAAAUGGAAGACAUAAAAGACCACUGAUAAUCUCCCUCGAUCUGGGGCUCCACGCAAGAUCUCACCCUGUGGGGUCAAAAUGAUCACAAGAACGGUGAGCAAAAAUCCCAGAACCACACGGGGGGACCUAGUGAAUGACCUGCAGAGAGCUGGGACCAAAGUAACAAAGCCUACCAUCAGUAACACACUACGCCUCCAGGGACUCAAAUCCUGCAGUGCAAGACGUGUCCCCCUGCUUAAGCCAGUACAUGUCCAGGCCCGUCUGAAGUUUGCUAGAGUGCAUUUGGAUGAUCCAGAAGAGGAUUGGGAGAAUGUCAUAUUGUCAGAUGAAACCAAAAUAUAACUUUUUGGUAAAAACUCAACUCGUCGUGUUUGGAGGACAAAGAAUGCUGAGUUGCAUCCAAAGAACACCAUACCUACUGUGAAGCAUGGGGGUGGAAACAUCAUGCUUUGGGGCUGUUUUUCUGCAAAGGGACCAGGACGACUGAUCCGUGUAAAGGAAAGAAUGAAUGGGGCCAUGUAUCGUGAGAUUUUGAGUGAAAACCUCCUUCCAUCAGCAAGGGCAUUAAAGAUGAAACGUGGCUGGGUCUUUCAGCAUGACAAUGAUCCCAAACACACCGCCCGGGCAACGAAGGAGUGGCUUCGUAAGAAGCAUUUCAAGGUCCUGGAGUGGCCUAGCCAGUCUCCAGAUCUCAACCCCAUAGAAAAUCUUUGGAGGGAGUUGAAAGUCUGUGUUGCCCAGCGACAGCCCCAAAACAUCACUGCUCUAGAGGAGAUCUGCAUGUAGGAAUAGGCCAAAAUACCAGCAACAGUGUGUGAAAACCUUGUGAAGACUUACAGAAAACGUUUGACCUGUGUCAUUGCCAACAAAGGGUAUAUAACAAAGUAUUGAGAAACUUUUGUUAUUGACCAAAUACUUAUUUUCCACCAUAAUUUGCAAAUAAAUUCAUUCAAAAUCCUACAAUGUGAUUUUCUGGAUUUUUUUUUCUCAUUUUGUCUGUCAUAGUUGAUGUGUAUCUAUGAUGAAUAUUACAGGCCUCUCUCAUCUUUUUAAGUGGGAGAACUUGCACAAUUGGUGGCUGACUAAAUACUUUUUUUCCCCACUGUAAGUGUCCCAUCAUGUCAUCUGGAGAAUUAUAUUUGAGGAGUUGCAGUGGUGAAUGUCCUCAGAGAGGCUCUGUAAAUCUAGGCUUACACAGUAGAAAACAAAGCAUUCCUCCCACAACGCAUUACAUAACAUGGGCGGCUAACUUUACAGAAUGUGCUGUGGUAUUUCAUGUGAUUUAGUGACUCACUUUAUCCACUGCUGUUACGAGUUGACAGACAUAAGUUUUGUCUUUCAUAACUUUUUUGUUUCCCCCUUGUUUUUUUGUCUUUCAGUCAGAACGGCAUUAAUAGCUAUAAUCGGAUUCAUGCCAACCAAAGGAGAGGGUGCAAUCGGAUCUCUUGAUUAUACCCCAGAGGAGAGGAGAGCCCUUGCCAAAAAGUAAGAUUACAGAGAUUAAAGCUCUCCACUGUUUACUGUCUUUCCAGUGUAUUUACCCUGUGUGCACUAACGGAUAGAUGGAUUUAUGGAUGGAUGGUGCUGAUAACAAUGCUGUGAGAAGGGGGGGGACACAACAGUCUGGAGUGAUAUGUCUGUAUGCAUUUUGUUUCAAUGUGUGCCUAACCCUUACACGCAUCAUUACACAAUACACACAUUAGGCCUGUAUGUAUGUUGGAUACUGGUAUGGUAUCACGCACUAGCUUUACAUACAAUUAGAUGGACUAGCUGUACUUGCAGAACAUAUGGUUAUGGGCAGGCAUUUGUUCAACAAAGUUGGCAUAAAGCGAUGCUUAUGCACGCAUGUCAUGUAAUUAACACGUUGGCCACAGUGGAUGUGCCCUCUACAAAUAGCUAUGCUCAUUACAAGGGAAACCAAGGCACCAGCAUUGGACCUUAUGAGAUGGCAGCAUUAGCGCCUGAGGGAAAGGCUCUCUGGCUGCAACGUCUGGGCAUGUUGAUUCUCUUCUUCUCGCAUUGUUACGGGUCUCUCCCUCUGAAGAAACUCGCUCUGAGUUUGAGAUUGAUAAAAAAGAUCAAGGGGUCCAGCGACUGCAUCCCGAAUGGCACCCUAUUACCUUUAAAGGGCUCUGGUCAAAAGUAGUGCACUAUAAAGGGAAUCGGGUGCUAUUUGGACCGCAUCCCAGAUGACUGUCUGUUCUAUUAACAUAUCAGGACAGGGGUCUUUAACGACUGGCUGUUUAAUUAACACAUGAAGAUAAGAUGUGACACAGGAACAUAUCCCUGUCUAUAAAUACAUACAGUGCACAGCCUGCCUGCCUGCCUGUUUAUCUUCCGGGAUGAAAGAAAGGCCCGUUUCACAAAAGGCUGUCGUGUCUGCGGCUGAGACAGCAACUUCGCUUUGAUUCAGAUCUCCCGUCUUGGUUGUCUCCGUGCCCUGUGGUAAUUGUGAAAGCUGUCAGUCAACGUCAGGGCCAGGGGCACCCAGCAGGAAGCAGCGAAACAGAAUAAUAAUCCAUAGUUUUCAGAGUUGGCUCUGUUUCCUGACAGAAAAGUAAACUGCUAGAGAAGUGUCGUGGAAAUUCUUACACAGGGACACUUGAAGUCAAUCUUAAAUGAAUCAUUGUUUGUCAGUGCGCUGGAGAGUUCCAGCGCACUGACAAUAAACAAACCUCAUGCACCAUAGUGAACGUCUGUCAGGAGCUCUAACGGGGCAGUCCUGUUUAGUUCUCUUAUAUACUGCAGACUAGUCAUAUUUGCAUGAUUUAGCUUAUUCAUAAUUAAUUAAUCAUUAACGUUUGCUUCAUUCAUGUGACCGACCAAUACUGGGUCAUGCAUGUGACAGACCAAUACCUCACGAGGCUUCUUCUCUCUAAGCUGAGACCUUGAAACUGAGAUAUCCUUUCUCUAAACAAGGUUCUGGGCGUACUGCCAAAUUGCAGACACUAAUAGUGAGGAUUUGUUCAAUCAGUCACUUGCAUGAACAUAGAAAUUGCUAAAUAGAAAAUAAAUGUUUGUUUGUGCUAUCACAGAAGUUUUGCUGGCUGCCAGACUGCUGUAAUGACGAGCGUUAAUAACGCAGAAGUUGGAGGGGGAAAACAUUUCAGAUGGUUGUCUUUUUUGCCUAUUAAAGCAUGAUAUUGGUUGGGGGGAAUAUUACAUUGGAAGAACAGCAACUCUUGGGAUGUCAUGCUUAACUUCAUUGAUGGAAUUGUAUCUUUUAUAUUUAUAUUAUUGUAACUGUCAAUAUCGCUCUCCAAGCCACAGUUGAAUAUUUUCUUCACAAAAUGAGUUUAAAUCAUUGUACUCCUGAGUGGCGCAGUGGUCUAAGGCACUGCAUCGCAGUGCUAACUGUGCCACUAGAGAUCCUGGUUCGAAUCCAGGCUCUGUCGCAGCCGGCCGCGACCGGGAGACUCAUGGGCGGCGCACAAUUGGCCCAGCGUCGUCCAGGGUAGGGGAGGGAAUGGCCGGCAGGGAUGUAGCUCAGUUGAUAGAGCAUGGCGUUUGCAACGCCAGGGUUGUGGGUUCGAUUCCCACGGGGGGCCAGUAUAAAAAAAUAUGUAUUCACUAACUGUAAGUCGCUCUGGAUAAGAGCGUCUGCUAAAUGACUAAAAUGUAAAUGUAAAUGUAAAUCCAUAUGGCUUGUCAAAUUGCAUGAGUCAUCUUUGACAAACCAAAUCUCCAAGAAGUUUGUGUACGUUUAGUUCUAAAUUUGAUAUUGUUCUGCUUGGAGCUCCAGCAAACGACUCAGGGCUCUAUUUUAACAAACCUAAUAAUAAUAAUAUGCCAUUUAGCAGACGCUUUUAUCCAAAGCGACUUACAGUCAUGCAUGCAUACAUUUUUUGUGUAUGGGUGGUCCCGGGGAUCGAACCCACUACCCUGGCGUUACAAGCGCCGUGCUCUACCAGCUGAGCUACAGAGGACCACUAACGCAAUGGUACAUUUUAGUGCUGGUGGUAGCGUCAUUGGUUCGGUUCAGGGUGUGUCAGAAAUAUUUUCGUUAUUUUCACAACCGGCAUUAAGGUCGCGGUGGCAUGAAAGUGCUGGGUUUUGAUGAAUAAACAAGUUGUGGGUGUGUCGAAGCUUGGCCCCUCACUGGUCAAUCAGAACUUGCGCCAAGGCUAAAUAAUUGGUUGCUUCAAAUUGUUUAUUUAUGGUAUUUUAUGUAUUGCAUUGUCAUCAACUACAAAUCAAAUGUUAGUCUGUUAUAGCCUAGUUAUUUAAAUAGCCUGCCCCAUAUUUGCUAAAUAUGUUGAACAUGUUUUCAGUCCACAUUGUUAUAAUUGCAUUGCUUCAAUAUGAAAAUACAUUGUUAACGGAGAAUUUGAUGUAAAUGACAUGUUAUAGAAGGGUCCAGACACUUUUUCUUUAGCGAUUUCACUUGUUAUUGAGAAACAUUUUAAUUUCCUUGUCCUCGUUGUGCAGUAUGGGGGCUCUGAAAAAACAUAAAGAAAGCCUCCGAAAACGCCCAAAUACAUCCUUAUAGAUACGGAAAAGCUCUCAGUAUUGUGAUGCAGGUCUUUAGAUGUUGUACGCAUGAAAUUGUCAUUCCGAACUUAAUCCGCAACUUUAUAUUCCAUGGAUAAUAAGAAGAUUGUGGGAGCUGUUUUGUUAGACUGCUGCUGAAAAAACGUAAGUGUUAUGGCUUUACAUCCUCUGCCAUAUCGUGGAUAGAGAGCUACCUAUCUAACAAAACACAGAAGGUUUUCUUUAAUGGAAGACUUUCUAAUGUAAACCAGGUAGUGUGCUAUACCUCAAGGCAGCGCUCUUAGUCCUUCACUGUUUUCUAUUUGUGACCCAUUUCAAGAAGUUAGGCGUAUGUCGCAAGUCACUACUUCACAGGAGAGGCAUUUGAACGUUUUUCUUGUUCAGUUUCUUUAUGCGUUUUUGGGGCAGAAAUGCCUUUUGGAACAUGUGAACUUUCAUGUUCCUUAAUAACAAACGUGUAUGCAUUUAUAAAUAUGAAUUGUUAAAUUACAAGCCUAGUUGGUUUAGCCACAGAAAAAGACAGGAACUUUCCCGCUAGCCAUGAUUGGCUGAGAAUGCAUAGGCUGGACAUGACGAGAGAUGGGUUCGGAUUGUUCUGCCAUGUAGCACACUUCUGUCUACAACAUGAGCUGCUCAGUAUGUGUAGAUAAUCCUUGCUACCGCAGCUUUUUUGAAAGAUAUAACGUGACUUGAUACAACAACGGGUCAAACAAGCUGUAGCUAGCUACUAACCAAACUGAAAAGACACGCUACCGUGAAGCAUUCAUCCAUGUAUAUGGGUAAGAGUCUAGCUACAUUUUCAGAUAUAAUACAUUUCUAAUUUUGUCAGUCAUUUUUAUUGCAAGUUAAAGCAUACUGUUAGCUAGCUAGCGAACAUUAGCUUGCUGGCUUGCUAUUUAACGUUACGCGUAUGAUCUGAUAUUAUUUGUAUCUCAGAAAUCCAUUUGCAUUGCUAGUUAUAGCCUAAUGUUAGCUAGCUAGCUAACAUUGAACCUAGUUGGUUAGCUUUAGCUACCUGCCGAUUCAUACUCCAGCAUUUCAUGCAUAGUGGCUAGCUAUGACAAUCCAUUUGUACUGUAGCUAUGGGUUUGGAUUAUGGUUCAUUGUUUAGCUAGCUUGCUACAUGUCUAAACAAAAGACUCCACUUCGCAAGAGAAUGAGUACAUGACCCAUCAAGUUACCGAGGUGUGUCUGGGGGGGAUUACGGCUAUCUAUUGUAUUUCAUAAAUGUGUACAUGUCUAGACAAUAGUGACCCAUCCACUUAGCUAGAUGUGGCUGGGGGUGGUUAUAGCAUUUAUUCCACAUGACACAUCAAUUUAGACAAGUGUUUGGGUAAGCGUCAUCCAAUAAUGAUAAAAUAUUUAUAACUGGACACUUUCAAAGUCAGAUUAGGAUAUAGGCCAAGGACUAGAUAGUGUAUUUUUACCUGGAGUUUUUCCUUAUUGUAAAGAGAUGAGUGGGGCUAAGGCUUAAGAGCAGCUUGGUGAGAAGGUGACAACAGUUGGUGCGAUUAUUCGCAAAUGGAAGAAACACAAAAUAACUGUCAAUCUCCUUCGGACUGGGGCUCCAUGCAAGAUCUCACCUCGUGGAGUUGCAAUGAUCAUGAGAACGGUGAGGAAUCUUGUCAAUGAUCUCAAGGCAGCUGGGACCAUAGUCACCAAGAAAACAAUUGGUAACACACUACGCCCGCAAGGUCCGCCUGCUCAAGAAAGAACAUAUACAGGGCCGUCUGAAGUUUGCCAAUGAACAUCUGAAUGAUUCAGAGGAGAACUGGGUGAAAGUGUUGUGGUCAGAUGAGACCAGAAUCGAGCUUUUUGGUAUCAACUCAACUCGCCGUGUUUGGAGGAGGAGGAGGAAUGCUGCCUAUGACCCCAAGAACACCAUCCCCACCGUCAAACAUGGAGGUGGAAACAUUAUGCUUUGGGGGUGUUUUUCUGCUAAGGGGACAGGACAACUUCACCGCAUCAAAGGGGCGAUGGACGGGGCCAUGUAUCGUCAAAUCUUGGGUGAGAACCUCCUUCCCUCAGCCAGGGCAUUGAAAAUGGGUCGUGGAUGGGUAUUCCAGCAUGACAAUGACCCAAAAGACACGGCCAAGGCAACAAAGGAGUGGCUCAAGAAGAAGCACAUUAAGGUCCAGGAGUGGCCUAGCCACUCCCCAGACCUUAAUCCCAUAGAUAAUCUGUGGAGGGAGCUGAAGGUUCGAGUUGCCAAACGUCAGCCUCAAAACCUUAAUGACUUGGAGAAGAUCUGCAAAGAGGAGUGGGACAAAAUCCCUCCUGAGAUGUGUGCAAACCUGGUGGCCAACUACAAGAAAUGUCUGACCUCUGUGAUUGCCAACAAGGGUUUUGCAAUGAAGUACUAAGUCAUGUUUUCCAGAGGGGUCAAAUACUUAUUUCCCUCAUUAAAAUGCAAAUCAAUUUAUAACAUUUUUGUCUCUCACUGAUCAAAUAAACCUACCAUUAAAAUUAUAGACUGAUCAUGUCUUUGUCAGUGGGCAAACGUACAUAAUCAGCAGGGGAUUAAAUACUUUUUUUUCCCCCUCACUGUAUUUGUCGUCUUGCUCAGUUGUGCACCGGGGCCUCCCACUCCUCUUUAUAUAUUUUGGUUAGAGCCAGUUUGCGCUGUUCUGUGAAGGGAGUAGUACACAGCGUUGUACGGGAUCUUCAGUUUCUUGGCAAUUUCUCGCAUGGAAUAGCCUUCAUUUCUCAGAACAAGAAUAGACUGACGAGUUUCAGAAGAAAGUUAUUUGUUUCUGGCCAUUUUGAGCCUGUAAUCGAACCCACAAUUGCUGAUGCUCCAGAUACUCAACUAGUCUCAAGAAGGCCAGUUUUAUUGCUUCUUUAAUAAGCGCAACAGUUUUCAGCUGUGCUAACAUAAUUGCAAAAGUGUUUUCUAAUGAUCAAUUAGCCUUUUAAAAUGAUAAACUUGGAUUAGCAAACACAACGUGCCAUUGGAACACAGGACUGAUGUUUGCUGAUAAUGGGCCUCUGUACGCCUAUGUAGAUAUUCCAUUAAAAACCAGCCGUUUCCAGCUACAAUAGCCAUUUACAACACUAACAAUGUCUACACUGUAUUUUAAUGGACAAAAAAAAAAGGCUUUUCUUUCGAAAAAAAUGACAUUUCAAAGUGACCCCAAACUGGUCAGGUGCUCCAAAGAAGGACAUAGGCAAAUUAUAGUUUGCCCAGAGCAGAACGGCUGGCCCUUAAAUGUACACUGAGGGAUAAUAUCAAGAACAUGCAUGUCAAUCUCUCCUGGCUCAAAGUAAAAGUAGAGGAGAUAGACUGCAUCACUACUUGUCUUUGUGCAAGAUAUUGACGUGUUGAAAUCACGUCAAUAGACAUACACACACACACACACACACACACACACGUUGCAAUAUUGUACAUAUUAUGAAUUAUAUUAAUAUUGUACAUUAGGAAUAUUGGAGCAAUGUAAAUGUGUAUAAUGCACAAUGUCUUGUAUGAUGUAUUGUUUUAUUUAUGAUGUAGACUGUUGUUUUAUUAUGAUGUAUUGUUUUAUUUAUGAUGUAGACUUUUGUUUAAUAUGAUGUAUUGUUUUAUUUAUGAUGUAGACUUUUGUUUUAUUAUGAUGUAUUGUUUUAUUUAUUAUGUAGACUUUUGUUUUAUUAUGAUGUAUUGUUUUAUUCCUGUUUGGACCCCAGGAAGAGUAGCUGCUGCCUGGGCAGCAGGUAAUGGGGAUCCUAGUAAAUACAGUACUAAAUACUAAAUGUACACAAAUCCAGGCCCUCUUUUGCUUAGAGGACUGUUAGGGGUGAAUUAUUUCCCCUCAUUUAUAUACUGAGUUUAUAUAUUGAGUCACAUGUUCUCUACCCAGCUUGUCAGAUUAAUCCAUUUGGCUCCUGGAAAACCAAGAAAAUUCGAUGUAAACCCUUUUGUCCAUAACUCACACUCUCUCUCGCUGACCCUCUGACAGAUCCCAGGACUUCUGCUGUGAGACCUGUGGCUGCUCCAUGCACUUAGCCCUCCUGGCUCCCUCCCCUACAAACCCCAGCCCAGAGGACCAAGAGGACCAAGCGCUCGCCCAGCAGAUCAACUUCAAGGUACAACUGCCUACCAGCCACAAUCCUACCCCAGGCACGAUGUGGUGUUGUUUAUUUACAUUCUAGUCUAGUCAAUUUUCUUCAAAACCUUUACCAGAUGUCAGAACUGGAUGCAACGCGUGUUUCCAUGUCUUAACCCGUUUCUGCAGUCAAGCAGUCAGACAGCAAAAUAGCAAAGACGGGGCUUUGCACCCGAGGCAUAUUGUCUCAGCCCGCUGACAAGAGCUAGAGUACAUAGUGGGUGACAGCAACCGUCAUCUGUGUGUUGCUUCCUGCAGGCAGAGUCCAGGCAGGGCAGUGAGAGCACAGGGGCGGAGAGUGGGCCCCCAACAGAACCCCAGGGAGAGACAUCCACCUCGGGGAGACAGGAGGAAGAAGAGAACGCCCAGGCUGAGCAGGUGAGAAACACCACCAGGGUUAUACUAGCUGGUGAUGGACUGUGAGAUCAGCCAAUUAAAAUCCAGCAGCACUUUUUCCUGCUCCUGACAUAGGCUCCAUUCAAGUCCUUUUCUGAGGCACUGUGAAAACAGACGGUUGGAAAGCGAGAGAGAGCUGGCUGGUGGAUGAGAAUACCCUGCACCACAAACCUCCCACCUACACAUAUUUUAAUAACCUAUGUCUGCCACCUACGUGGGCAGAGAAACAACUGCAUACUGAAGAUAUUUGCUAUACUGGGGGAUUAUUCAUGUAUUUGCCAUAGAAGAGGUUGGCAUGGUUGCACACGAUUGUGCCGCCUUGUCGCAGACGACGUCCCGAAGACUGUUUUCUCCAGCGACGUUGUCGUUAUUAUUCCAGAGCCAUUAAAUUAAAUAGUUAUUUAUGAGAGGUAUAGAGAGGAGCAGCGGGGGGUCCCUGGGCUCCAGAACGUGGUAUAAAAGGGAGAGCAUGGCAAUGUUGUUACCCCGUAAAUGAUCCCUCAUCUCUCAUAGUGCUUUAUGUAAUAUCGUGGCUCCGCUGUUCUCCGCUGUGCUGCAUCGGCCACUGUCACUCACUCGGUGAACAGCGCUUUUUUAAAUCACUGUGUUUAAUGGCUCGGGAGAUAAUCAUACUGUAUGAUGACGGUGCACGCAGCACUCUGCUCUCUGGCCCUACAGGUUCUUCACUGUGCACCAACUCACUGCUAGUGAGGCAUGAUGCCACUUUAUUGCAGUCCCCUAUGACAACACUCAAAAUAACUGAUGUGUUUUCUUAUAAACCGAUUACAGCUAGAAAUCGGUGUUAUAAUGUAUUAUUUAAUGGUAUAAUUAUUUAUUUGGAAAACAUGAUAGCAAUUUUGAGAUGACAGUUUCCAAGCAUGGUAAAGAUGAACGAAGGGAUUGUUUCUUCAUGCUUCAUACAUAAGGGUCUAUGUAGAUUGGGAUUAAAUCCUUCUGAACUGAACUGACCUGAGUAGGAGAGAGAAAACAUUUUACUUGCCAUCUGCUGCUGGAUGCAGUAACAAACGACCGAUAUAACCUCUGGCCGGGAGAGGGGCCGGCAGACAUUAUCCCCAUAGAAAUAAUCAUUCUGGUUCUGUGGUUAUCCCACACCUUAACUGCAUCAUGACUGUCUGCCUUGCUCUUCCUAUAUCAAACUGAACAGAGUGAUAUAGGCAAGGAUUAUAGCGCAUUGUUCACCGCUCUCUACUCUGUCCCAAUGUCUCUCUCUGCGCGCCAGCCCUCCCUGGCCUGCAGCCAUCCCCUAACUAGGAGGAGUGGGAUUCAGCUUUCUCUCUCUGUGUAAAACCUGAACUGUACCCUAUUUCUCACUGUUUAGUCGUCACCCUUAAAGCCACUUUAAACAAUCCUGUUCCCCCUUAAAGCAACCAACUGUAGUCUUUUUGGUUGCUAUGACUGUACUGUAUUUUACUGUACUGUUAUUCCCAAGACCAACUGUUAAGUAAGAUGCACAUUUUCUGAGAAGAUCAUGAAUUAAUCUCUUAAGGAUCGGACCGUUUAUUUACCCCAAUCUAACUGCCUGAAGCUCAGGACCUGAAGCAAGGACAUGCCUAUUCUUGAUACCAUUUUGAAAGGAAACACUUUGAAGUUUGUGGAAAUGUGAAAUUAAUGUAGGAGAAUAUAACACAUUAGAUCUAGUAAAAGAUAACAAGUGUUUUUGUUUGUAUUAUCUUUUAUUAUUUUUUAUCUUAAAUGCAAGAGAAAGGCCACAAUAUAUAAUUGCAGUUUAGGCGCAAUUUAGAUGUUGGCCAAUAGAUGGCAGCAGGGUGUGCAAAGUUUCAGAUUGAUCCAGUUGAAGCAUUGCAAUACUGGACUAUUUUGUAUCAAGUCUGCCCAAAUGUGCCGAAUUGGUCAAUUGAUACAUUUUCAAGUACAUAACUAUAGAGAACGUACAAAAAUGAUAUGUUAAGUUUACACACUCCCAGGAAUGUCAUACAUGAUGGAUCAUUAGCUUAUACAUUUUUUACAUUUUACAUUUUAGUUAUUUAGCAGACGCUCUUAUCCAGAGCGACAUACAGUUAGUAAGUGCAUACAUUUUCAUACUGGCCCCCCGUGGGAAACGAACCCACAACCCUGGCGUUGCAAGCUACAGGGUACUAUACACUAACCUUCACACAUCUAGAUGGCGGGGUGGGUGUGGAGCCAGAGACAGCAGGGGUUCAAACUGUAGAACCGAGUUCCUACAUUUUGAAUAUAAAAAUUGAUUUUAUCAAACAAAACUAUGCUACAUUUUAUCUCUGGGACCCUUAGGAUGACAAAUCAGAGCAAGAUUACUGAAUGUAAGUACAUUAUUUACCUUCAGAGGUGAAUGUAUCAAACCAGUUGCCGUUGUAAGUUUUUUUGUUUUUGUGCACUCUCCUCGAACAAUAGCAUGGUCUUUUUUUCACUGUAAUAGCUACUGUAAAUUGGACGAUGCAGUUAGAUUAACAAGAAUUUAAGCUUUCUGCCCAUAUAAGACAUGUCUAUGUCCUGGAAAGUUUGCUGUUACUUACAACAGUCAUGCUAAUCACAUUAGCACGUUAGCUCAACCGUCCAGUGUAUGCGACACCGAUCCCGUAGAGGUUAAACACCUUUUGCUGUGAAGUAACAUCAUGUCUCUCUGGUGGUGGGAAAAACCGAUGUGCUUCUAGAAAGAUGGCCCAAAGUAAGUGUGUGUAUGUGGUGACGUGUGUGUGUGUGUGUGUGUGUGUGUGUGUGUGUGUGUGUAUUCAUGCAGUGUAUGUAUGUGUGUUGGUCCACUGUCUGAUCCUGUAUAUGCUAUGCUGUGCUCACUGCAGGCCGAGGCGGCUCCAGCUGCCAGUGAGGAGGAGGUGAGUCCCCCAGCCCCCAGCAUCCACCAGCGCCGGGCCCAGCAGCAACAGAGAGACCAGAUAGAGGCCCCCAGCAGGCCCACAUUCCCCGCCUUCCCCCACCCUCCUCAGGACGCCAGCCACAUGGGCUCUGUGGUGCUCAUCGUGGUGCUCACCCUGCUCCUGGCUGCCCUCAUCUUCCGCAGGGUCUACCUGACCAACGAGUACAAGUUUGACUACGAGCUGUGA